AUGUCCGGCUAUCCGGGUCAGGGUUACCACGGGGGAGGUUACCACAACGGCCCCCCUCAGCAGAGCUACCCCCCCCAGCAGCAACACCAGCAGCACCAGGGCGGCUACUACCCACCGCAACAGCCCACCUACAAUGGCUACCAGCAGCCUCGACCUGGCCCUCCGCCCGGCGCCGGCCCCGGUCCUGGUUACGGCUACAACCAGCCGCCUCCCCAGCAGUAUGGCGGUUACAACGGACCUCCACCGCCUCAGCAACAGCAGCAACAGCCCUACAACGGCGGCUACGGCCCGCCGCAGCCCAAUUACAACAGCAGACCCGCCAUGCCCACAGUCAAUUCAAAUGCCUACGUCCACGGCAACCACAACGCUCCGGCGCCUCCUCCGACAACGCCUCAGCAGUUUGGCCAUGGCGCCCCGAGCAACUACAACUUCCAGUACUCCAACUGCACCGGCAGGAGGAAAGCGCUCUUGAUCGGCAUCAACUACUUUGGCCAGCGCGGCCAGCUGCGGGGCUGCAUCAACGAUGUGAAGAACAUGUCGGCCUAUCUGGUGGAGAAUUUUGGAUACAAGCGAGAGGACAUGGUUAUCUUGACGGAUGAUCAGCAGAACCCCGUCAGCCAGCCGACAAAGCAGAACCUGCUGCGUGCCAUGCACUGGCUGGUCAAGGAUGCCAGGCCCAAUGACUCUCUCUUCUUCCACUACUCGGGCCAUGGCGGUCAGACCAAGGAUCUCGAUGGCGAUGAGGACGAUGGCUACGACGAGGUCGUGUAUCCUGUCGACUUCCGCCAGGUCGGCCACAUUGUCGAUGAUGAGAUGCACAGGAUCAUGGUCAAGUCUCUGCCUCCCGGCGUCAGGCUGACUGCCAUCUUCGACUCGUGCCACUCCGGUACCGCCCUCGACCUUCCCUACGUUUACAACACCCAGGGCAUCCUCAAGGAGCCAAACCUGGCCAAGGAGGCCGGCCAGGGUCUUCUGGGUGUCAUUUCGUCGUACACGCAGGGCGACAUGAGCGGCGUGGCCAACAAUAUCAUGGGUUUCUUCAAGAAGGCCACCAACGGCGAUGACGCUCACCAGCGUACCAUGGCCACCAAGACGUCUCCGGCAGACGUCAUUAUGUUCUCCGGCAGCAAGGAUGACCAAACCUCUGCGGACGCCACUAUUGCUCAGCAGGCCACCGGUGCCAUGUCGUGGGCCUUUAUCACGUCUCUCAAGAAGAACCCCCAGCAGAGCUAUGUGCAGCUGCUCAACAGCAUCCGUGACGAGCUCGAGGCCAAGUACUCGCAGAAGCCUCAGCUGUCCUGCAGCCACCCGCUGAACACGAAUCUUCUCUUCGUCAUGUAA